CAGGGUUUUUGUUUAGCUUAGCAACGGCCUGCGCGGUCCCGGGGGCCCGUCGGGGUAUCUGCGGCGGGCGGAGGCCCGGGCCUCUAUCCUCAGCUCGCGGUGGCUCUGGCAGCUGCAGAAGUCGCCUCCGUGGGCUCCCGGACCCCUGGCCCUCGGGGUCUCGCAGCACUAGGGCAGAGAAGGGACUGCUCCCCGCGUCGGGGAAGGUCCGGCCGAGCGGGGCCGAGCGCCUGGCGGGGAUCCUCCGCGUGGAGAGAGCACCAGAGGCUCCCGGGGUGCGCGGCUUGAGGGGACCCCACGACCCCCGUCCCCGCCCCGGGCCGCCUCGUCGCCAUCCCUACGGGCGGCGGUGGAUGGAGCCCCGCAGCCCGGCUCCCCGCGGGUUUGAGGUUCGGGCAGCAGCCAGGACAGCAUUUCCAAGGCCAGGACAUGAAGGUCGCUGUGUUGGACCUUGGGUCUCUCUUUGCCAAAAUCUUCAAGACCUCUACGGCGCCCGCGGCGGUUCCCUCGCCGGUCGCCUCCUCCAGCCACUCGCGAGGCGCAGCCACCGCAGGGCCGGCGGGCAUCGGGGCGGGCACCUGGCUUGGCACGGCCCCGCCCUUGACCCUCUUUCCAGCCCUGGCGCCCGACUCCCGCUCCGGUUCGCGGGGGGCACCAGCCCUGCAGCAGCCGACACCCGCCCCGCUCCGUCCUCUGCUCGCCGCCUCCCACCCCCGGGUCUCGGUCGCGAGCCGCACGGCAGAAGCGGGAGGGACGCCCCUCUGGCUGCCCAGUAGCCCGAGAGCAGCCAAAGUCCGGUCCUCGCCCCCGCCCCUGCCCGCGGCCCCCUCCAGCGGCGUCUGCGGCGCAGCCGGCUCCCCAGCCCCCCAGGUGGCCGUGGCGCGGCCGCCCCCAGGCCCUGGCGGGGUCUUGGCGGCGCUGCCGUCCAUCGGGGGCUCCGCGGGCAGCGGCAGUGUGACCGCGAGCGCACGGAACCGUCGCCCGCCCGGCCCCGGGGAGCGAGAGCCCGGCGCUCGGGUGCCCCCCGGGCCUGGCCCCAAGACCCUGUUCUUCACCCUGCCGGACCUCGGCGAAGAGUGGGCCUCGGACAGCGACUCGGAGGACGGCCGAGAAGCAAGAGGACUGCCAGAAGGAUCUGGAAAGCAGAGUUUUCCUGUGAAAAGCAAAGAUCCUUUACCUACACAUUUUACAAGAAAUGUACAGAAAGCCAUUGAUAAAUAUACCCGUGAAUCCGUGUCAUCAUUUUCAUCAAAUGGAAACCCCAUGCCCACAGAAGCUCCCAACUCCUGGUCUGGGUCUGGGACACAGAGUUCAACCACAGGCUUAUCAACCGAGAGGAGCUCCAUUUACUCUUGGAGAGAUGAUGAGUUUGACAAAGCCAGUGCACAGAAAGUACAGCAGUUAUUCUGGGAGGUCGAGGAAAUGUUAUUUGAAGGGAAAGUAAGCCCUCACACCCAGAAUCUACAGGCUGAAUGCAGUGAGUGGGCAAGAAGGUCCCUCCAUCUGAGAGUAUUAGGAAGACAGCUUGUCCUGCCCACUGAUGAAGGGGUCCAGCAUUUUCAGGGCAGUAAACCUGCUUCUGCCAUCCACAGACCCUUCUCUGACGACUGUGAACCCAGCAGCAACGUCAGAGAGCUGUGCAUCUCUGGCUCUCAAAUAGUCCCGGCGGCACUCUCAGCCCUCACUCUGCCAGGUCCUGUUGGCACAGGGAUUGCGGACCUCACGGCAUGUUCAUCCCUGGAAGAAGAGGUUUAUGAUGUGGAUGGGAAGAUUGAAGAGUAUUUCGCUUUUGACAGAAAAGAAGAUGACGAGGACUGUCUUGAACAAAACCCAGCUCAGCACCACAGGACGUGGCAUAAGCACGGACUUCCUCCUGUUUCCCCACAUGACUGUGUCAGAGAUGCGGUGGCUGCAGAAGUGUUUGAUCACAUCUGGACAGCUGUGGUGGAAAUACUGGAAAAGCUGACUAGAAAAAACUGGGAAGUUACACUCACAGAAGGAAAAAAACAGAAAGAAAAAUCGAAAGUAGCUGAGACUAAAUCUCCACCUAUGGUCGUUUCCUGUAUUAAUGCUGAUGUGUCCAGUGUUCCCCCGUCCAGAAGUUCUGAAACUCGAAGUGUAUCCCUGGCUUCUCAUCUUAACCCACCUCAGAUUCAUCGCUUCUCCAAUAAUUUUUAUAGUGACUUGAAUGGUGUGAUGACAAUUCAAGCAAAACCACUUCAGCAGAGACCUACUUAUUUUGCAGAUAGAACACAGAGUGAGCAAGAGGACAGAUCACUGGGUUCAGGGGCCGGUGCUCUUGCCUCGGCCCAGCACCGUCUGGCAAGGAUCUUGGAGGCUCGCGGACUACAGACUUCUGCAAAGAAAACACCGGCAUACAGGAGGCUGCCUUCUCUUACCUCAGAAUCACAGAGAAUAAAAAUCCCCAGCGUGUACAGUGAUGAAGUUCUUAGGGGAACGAAACUGCAAACUGGCGUGGACCGCACGGCCUCCCCACCAGUUCAGACCUCAAGGAGCAGGUUGCCAUCAAUAGGCUCAGAGACUGGGGAGCAGAAUAUGGCAGUUCCCGGAUGGCGUCCUGUUUCUUCAGAUACACCCCGAAAAGGUUCAUUGACACUGAGGGAAUUUGCUGGUCACACAUGGACAGGUCAAGGUUUUUUGACAGGAAUCUCCAUAAAGAGCAAAACUGCAAAGACAAGCACUUCUCUGCCGUUGGUUAAAAAAACAAAAAGUAACUGAGUAAAUCUGAAGAUCGAAGUGGUUUUGGUAAGCAAUUCAUGAAUCAAUUGGGCAGCAUCUCAUGUGGCAAACAGAGAUAUUCUGAGGAGCUGCAGGGCAUGGAAGGCUUUUAUAAAGGAAGGCAGGACAGGGAAAGGAGAUCAUCAGCAAGGAAAAAAGGAAAGUUCAUUGGAGGAAGGUAAAAGCUCAAGUGAUGAUAGCUUGUUUUUGGCUGACCUGCAGGGUUUUCCAUUGGCUGGGCUUGUUGCUGGGCAAGAAGGAAGUCUUCCUUCCUCCUGCUGGGGCAGGAAUGUAGCUGCGCUUCCUGUUUGGGAGAGCAAGGUAGUCUCUUCCUGUUGGGGUCAGUCAGUUACUGAUGUCUUCCUGGUGGGGUAAAGGUGAGUGGUGGGCAGGGCAUGAGAGCUCCCACUACUGGCUUUCCAACCCCAACUUUGGCUUCGGUUCCGUUUUAUUAAUUCGCACAAUCUUAAAGGAGAAAAUGCCCAAAGUUUCCUAAUAAUUUAGAGCCUCACCCUCAUAAAAAAGAAAAUGCUGUCUUGAGUCUUACGAGAAAUCAGUGUCUCUCUCUGCUGUAGAGUUUCCAUGUUUUUCUUCUGAAUGAAACUCUAUUUUCAGAUUCUCUUUGAAGAUCUCAUUAUAAAAAUGCUUCACAAAAUUAAUACAAAUCUUCUAGUUAUAUUUUAUGAUGUAGAGUUUUACAGAUAAAUACUUAUUCUCAGGUAGUAUGCCAUUUAAAGAAUCAAGUUUCUAGACUGAAUUCAGGCCUAUGAUGUUUUAAUUUUCAAAACCGUUACCAACAUUUUUGUUCAAGGAGGCAACGUAGCAUCGUCAUGAGGUGUGCCACUCUGAAAUCAAAUGCCUCGUUUCCAUCCUGACUCGAGCACCUACUAGCUGAGCACUUUAGGAGAGCCUCAACUGCUCCGGGCCUCAGUUCUUUUAUAACAGACUAGAUGGAGAAAACAAUUAUUGGAAAAAUGUAUGGAAAGGACCUAGCUAGAUGCCAAGCAUACACUGUUUGCUCAAAAAAUAUGAAUCAUUUGUAUUAUAGAUAAUCUCAAAUGUAGAGGAUAAUUUGCUGUUUUAAGGGAAAUAAUAAUAUAACUUUAAAAUAAAUCUAGUAUAAUUCAAGCACUGGGACAACUCAGGUUUAUCACUGUUUAUGUCAGCCCUUCUAUAGUUCUAUAGCAUAGUGAUGUCAAAAUUUCUCUAUUCUUUUGAGAUUUUUCGCCUAUGCUCAUAGCUCUAAGCUGCUGUGUCUUUUUGUUGCUUUUUGCCUUGUGCAUUCCCCAGGAGUAUUCUCUGUCAUUUUCAAUGACAAUAGUUCUUUCUCUAAAAGGCAGCCAUGGUAUGUGAGAGAGAGAACAGUGACGGUUGAUAAAUAUGAUUCUGCGGAUGGCAAUAGACAGUGGCUAAGGAGUUUCGGAGAUGUUGACUGCAGCGUGCUAAGUGGAGAUGCCAAAUAGUUUGUUGGGCGUACAGUACUAGAGGUUAGGAGAGGAAACUGGGCUCUGAAUUUGUUUAAAAUCUGCACUCUUAAUUUUUCACCAAAUACUAAGUCACUGUAUUCUCUUAUCAAUAACUUUGUGACAACUGUCAUUAUUGCUGGUUGGAGGCCUUUUUUAUGUCUAUAGAAGUGAUUGAGGGUACAUAAGAGAGAUGUUCCUAUAUUUCUAAAGAUUUAUUUUCUUCUUCUCUGACAGGCUUGUGGUCUCUUGCUUACCUUUGCUUCCAGGUCCAAAAGCGCAGGGGCUAUUAACUUAUCAGCAUUAUUCCUGUAGCAGAAAAAAAAAAAAGGAAA